UAUGGCUUAUGCUGCUAUUACUUGCCUUAUGAACACUGUACAACAAUCAAUGGAAGUUACUGGAUAUGAUUUGCAAUCGUUCUACGAAAAGCUUGAAUCUUUGAGAGCUAAUCUGGAGAAAUCAUCCCAUAGAACUUCAGGGGAUCAUCUUGAGGAAUUAACUAGAGUGGAAGCUGAAAUCAUAGAGCUAGCAUGUAGCUCAGAGGAUAUGGUUGAUGCAGAAUCAAGAAAAGAUGAAAUUACGCAACUUGGAUUCCUCUUGAAACAACAAGUAGAACGCAUUGAUUCCGCGAUGAACAAGUGGAUGAUCAUUGCAGAGAAGAACAUGUACAUGACAAAAAACAAAGAUAAUAUUAUUGCCAAUACAUUGUCGUCUCAACAUGCCUUAUUAGAGCCUGAUGAGAACAUGAAUAUGGUUGGUGAUGAAAAUGAAUUCGAGAUGAUGCAGGGGAAACUUACAAGAGGAGGAAGGGAACUAAAAGUUGUCUCGAUUGUCGGUAUGGGUGGCAUUGGCAAGACAACUUUGGCUAACAAAAUCUAUAGUGAUCCAUUCAUUAUGUCUCACUUUGACAUUCGUGGAAAAGUAACUUUUUCACAAGAGUAUUGUAGGGAAAAUGUACUCCUAGGUCUUCUUUCUUCUGUAAGUGGAAUGAGUAGUCAUGAAUUUUAUGAGCAACAAGAUGAUGGGGAACUAGCAGAACAAUUGCAAAAGCAUCUAAAAGGCAUAAGAUACUUGGUAGUCAUUGAUGACAUAUGGACUACGGAAACUUGGGAUGAUAUACAAUUAUGUUUCCCAGAUUGUAACAAUGGAAGCCGAAUACUCAUGACAACUCGAAAUAUGGAUGUGGCUAAAUAUGCUAGCUCAGGUAACACUACUCCUUAUCAAAUGAGCCUUUUGGAUUUUAAAAGAAGUUGGAAUUUACUGCACACAAAGGUUUUUGAUAAAGAAUCAUGUGUUUCUCAUGAAUUUAAAGAAAUUGGGAAACAAAUUGCAUUGAAAUGCGGAGGAUUACCUCUAGCAAUUACUGUGAUUGCUGGAGUUCUCUCCAAAAUAGGUAAAUCAUUGGGUGAGUGGCAAAGUGUUGCCGAGAACGUAAGUUCAGUGGUAAGCACAGAUGUUGAUGUUCAAUGCAUGCAAGUGUUGGCAUUGAGUUACCAUCACUUGCCUCAACACCUAAAGCCGUGUUUCCUAUAUUUUGCAAUCUUCCCAGAAGAUGAAGUGAUUUUUGUCGAUAAACUUAUGGAGUUAUGGGUUGUAGAAGGAUUUUUGAAGGCAGAAGAAACAAAAAGUGUUGAACAAGUGGCAGAAAAAUGCCUAAAUGAUCUUAUAGACAGAAGUUUAAUUUCAAUUCACAACUUGAGUUUUGAUAAAAAAUUGGAGAGUUGUCAAAUGCAUGAUGUGACUCGUGAACUCUGCUUGAGGGAAGCUCGAAAUGGUAAUUUUGUGAAUGUUAUUAGAGAAGAGAAUGAUCAAAAUCCAUAUCCACAAUCCAUGUAUUUUUCCUCUAAGAGUCGAGGUCGGGUCAGCAUCCAAUUGAUCAACAUACCUGACGACUGUGUGAUCGAGGAAAAAUUGUCUAGGUAUCCUAAUACUGUGGUCAGUUCUAUUAUCUGUUUUAGAAUGCUAUUGUCCAUGCCAAAGUUGUUGUGUUUCAAGCUAUUAAGAGUACUAGAUCUUGCUUUAGUGAAAUGUGGUGCUUUUCCCAAUGGGAUAAUUGAUUUGAUUCACUUGAGAUACUUAGCUUUGAGUCUUUCACCUGGCGUGGAGCGGUAUCUAGGUGAAGAGAUUCCCUCAUCAAUAGACAUUCCUCUAUCUAUAUCUAGCCUAUGUUAUCUGCAAACUCUUAUACUUAAUCUUCCACAUAGUAAGGGGUACCAGCAACGGGAGAAGAAAUAUCCCUUGAUAUUACCAUCGGAAAUUUUGACGAUGAUGCAGUUGAGAUACCUCCUUUUGGACUGGAAUUACUUCCGGUUUCAUGAGCCAACAGAGAAACGUUUGGUUCUGAGAAAUUUGCAAUGCUUGUCUGGAUGGAAUCCUUGGUAUUGUACUAAGUUUGUCUUUAGACUAUUUCCUAAUUUAAGGAAGUUGCAAAUAUGUGGUGUCAAGGAAGACUAUUGUAGUUGCACGGACCCCUAUGAUUUUCGCGACUUAGAUCAGCUCGAGGAACUGGAGUUUCAUUUGUAUUAUAGCUUUCUUCCAGUUUGUCCUUUCUUUUUGGAAAGUACACCUUCAGAUUACCUAAGGUUUACGGAGCGAGAACGACCAUCUUUGACACUUCCUACUGUAUAUUAUUUUCAACCUUUGGUCCUCCCACCUGUAGAUGCUUUUCCACAAAAUCUUAAGAAGUUAUCUUUUAGUAUGACUUUUUUGCGGUGGAAGGAUAUGAGCAUUGUUGGUCAGCUUCCCAAACUCGAGGCCCUUAAAUUAGAAUAUCGUGCCUGUAUAGGCGAGGAGUGGGAAGUAGUUGAGGAAGGAUUUCCUUGCUUGAAGUUCCUGUGCCUGGAAGACUUGAAUCUUGAGUACUGGAGAGCCAGUUGUGACCACUUUCCGUGCCUUGAACGACUAUUUCUUGAAGAGUGCAGGUUUUUGGAUUCAAUUCCUCGAGAUUUUGCAGAUAUAACCACACUCGCUCUAAUUGAUAUAAGGAGGUGUGCAGAAUCUGUUGGGAGUUCCGCGAAGCAUAUUCAACAGGACAUUGAAGAGAACUAUGCAGGUUCUAUUGAAGUCCAUAUCCGUGACCCCGUCAAAAGGAGGUGAUGACCUUAAGAUGCCUUAUGAGCCUAACUGAUAUGGAACUCGACAGAUUUUACAUCGUUUUCUUUAUCAGUGCAUCAAUUGGUGCUGUAUUAGUACUAUCUCCCCGUGGAGUUGGCUUAGGUAAUUGUUUGACUCAUCGUAUAUAUUAAUCUGCAACAAUUCCAGCAAUAAGAU